UCCGCACCACUAACCUCUGCCCUGCGCCUUCCGGCUUCCUCUUUUUCACCCGCCAUUGUGGUGACAGGGUCUCCCGGUUCACUAUGUCGUCCCACAAGACCUUCAGAAUUAAGAGGUUUCUGGCCAAGAAGCAGAAACAGAAUAGACCAAUCCCACAGUGGAUCAGAAUGAAAACUGGCAAUAAGAUCAGGUAUAACUCCAAGAGGAGACACUGGAGAAGGACCAAGCUUGGCCUGUGAGAAGCUCUGCCCAUGGAAGCUGGGCAUCCUGAGGGUUACUUGCCAAGACCUGAUCAACACCUUAUUAUACAGUUAUUUUGUAGCAGUAUCUGCUGAUUCCAGUGCAAAUAAACAUAAGAUCU